AUGGAAAGCUCACAAGACCACCACCAACAUAUCAACAAAGCAUCGGCUACGUGUACCAAAAUGAACCGCAACAAUCAAGUACACCCCAUGGCACUUGCCAUCAGUGACAUUUCAUCCUCAGAGACAAAAGAAAAGCUGCAAACCUCCAAACCACGCGUUCCUUUAGUUGGCUUUCGUUCUAUCCAAAUUCGAGAAUUCGAACGCAUUGUGGGCGAUCACCCUGAUGUUACCCAUGGAGGUCCUCCCUUGGGUAUUGGAUGGGACUAUGUAGAGGGGGACGUAUUGGACAUUGACGAAUACGAGAAGCAAAAGAGCGACUAUAUUGCCGCUAAUAGUGACACACCGUGGCUCAUCGGUUUGCGUCGAAUGUCCAGUGGACGCAGACGAGACUUGCUUGGUAUUGAAUUCAAUGUGCCUCUGGAUGAAAUCAUCGAAGCUGAGUUGCAAGUAGAAUUGGUCAAGAAGCAACGAGCGCAGACUAACGGGCAAAAGAAAGUGUUUGCCAUGACAGAAGAGAUCAUCCAGUCUGCCAAGCGAAAACUCAACCGAAAACUCAAGCGAAGGUUCUCGAGAGACUUACUGGACUAUCAGUCUUUUCCUAAGCGAAGAGAGGUACAACAGAAAGUGGCAACGGUAGUUCCAUCUCCGCUUGAUACCGCUGAUGAGGCAAACAUUAGUCUCCAUCCACCAUUGGCGCCGCCUGCAAGCAUUCCUCAGAAACCAAUCCGCAUGCGCGAGAUUUCUGUAUAG